AGGUGGCGCCGAGCGUGGACUUCGAUCACAGCUGCUCGGACAGCGUCGAGUACCUCACCCUCAACUUCGGGCCCUUCGAGACCGUGCACCGCUGGCGCCGCCUCCCGCCCUGCGACGAGUUCGUGGGGGCCCGGCGCAGCAAGCACACCGUGGUGGCCUACCGGGACGCCAUCUACGUGUUCGGCGGCGACAACGGGAAGACGAUGCUCAACGACCUGCUGCGCUUCGACGUGAAGGACUGCUCGUGGUGCAGGGCCUUCACCACCGGCACGCCGCCCGCGCCGCGCUACCACCACUCCGCCGUGGUGCACGGGAGCAGCAUGUUCGUGUUCGGUGGCUACACUGGAGACAUCUACUCCAAUUCCAACUUGAAGAAUAAGAAUGAUCUCUUUGAAUAUAAAUUUGCAACUGGACAGUGGACAGAGUGGAAGACUGAAGGCAGGCUGCCGGUUGCGAGGUCGGCUCACGGCGCGACCGUGUACAGCGACAAGCUGUGGAUCUUUGCGGGAUACGAUGGCAACGCACGGUUAAACGACAUGUGGACAAUUGGCCUACAGGACAGAGAGCUAACGUGUUGGGAAGAGAUCGAGCAAAGUGGUGAAAUCCCUCCUUCGUGCUGUAAUUUCCCUGUGGCUGUUUGCAAAGACAAGAUGUUUGUUUUCUCUGGCCAGAGUGGAGCAAAGAUUACCAAUAAUCUCUUCCAGUUUGAAUUCAAGGAAAAAAUCUGGACACGAAUUCCCACCGAGCACUUGCUCCGCGGCUCGCCGCCUCCUCCGCAGCGGCGAUACGGCCACACCAUGGUGGCCUUUGACCGGCACCUCUACGUGUUUGGCGGUGCGGCGGAUAACACGCUGCCCAACGAGCUUCACUGCUACGAUGUGGACUCGCAGACGUGGGAAGUCAUCCAGCCCAGCCCGGACAGCGAGGUGUCCCAUCCUGAAGUGGCUGAGAGAGUAUCUGCCCCAGAAGAAGCUCCUUCCUUGCCCUCAGAAGAACGUGGUUUAAAAAAAUCUCGCGAUGUAUUUGGUUUAGAUUUCGGCAUAACAGCAGUUAAGCAACCACCCACAACAGACUCGGAGCUACCCAGUGGGAGACUGUUCCAUGCUGCGGCCGUCAUCUCAGAUGCCAUGUACAUCUUCGGUGGGACCGUGGACAACAACAUCAGAAGUGGCGAGAUGUACAGGUUCCAGUUUUCUUGUUACCCAAAGUGCACACUACAUGAGGAUUAUGGAAGGCUGUGGGAAAACAGGCAAUUCAGUGACUUGGAGUUUGUUUUGGGAGAGAAGGAAGAACGAGUCCGAGGACAUGCUGCAAUUGUUACUGCUCGCUGCAAGUGGCUGAGAAAGAAAAUCAUACAGGCAAGAGAGAGAUUGAAACAGAAGUCCAAGCAAGAUAUUGAAGACGAGGGACAGGCGGUGUGUCAGAAAGAUGGGAUUGGUGGCAAUGUCAAGUUGUGCCGCCUGCAGCCCCUCCUGGAAGUGCCCAUCCGCGAGGCCGAAGCUCAGCCCUUCGAGGUGCUCAUGCAGUUUCUGUACACGGAUAAAAUAAAAUACCCCCGCAAAGGCCAUGUGCAGGAUGUGUUACUUAUUAUGGAUGUAUACAAGCUAGCCUUAAACUUCAAGCUCUCUCGACUGGAACAGCUCUGCCUUCAGUAUAUCGAGGCCUCUGUAGAUCUGCAGAAUGUGCUUAUUGUGUGUGAAAAUGCUAACAAGCUUCAACUGGAUCAGCUAAAGGAACAUUGCCUGAAUUUUGUGGUGAAAGAAUCACACUUUAACCAGGUAAUAAUGAUGAAGGAGUUUGAACAUCUUUCCUCAUCCCUCAUAGUGGAGAUUGUACGGAGAAAACAGCAACCUCCCGUUCGAAUGCAUUCCGAUCAGCCGCUUGACAUUGGAACAUCUUUAAUUCAGGACAUGAAGGCUUACCUGGAAGGAGCUGGGAUUGAAUUCUGUGAUAUCAUCCUGCUCUUGGAYGGGCACCCGCGGCCAGCCCACAAAGCAAUCCUAGCAGCCCGCUCCAGUUACUUUGAAGCCAUGUUCCGUUCCUUCAUGCCGGAAGAUGGGCAAGUAAAUAUAUCUAUAGGUGAAAUGGUUCCCAGCAAGCAAGCAUUUGAAUCUAUGCUUAGAUAUAUCUAUUACGGAGAAGUAAACAUGCCUCCUGAGGAUUCCCUUUAUCUCUUUGCUGCACCUUACUAUUAUGGUUUUUCCAACAACAGACUGCAAGCCUAUUGUAAGCAGAAUCUAGAAAUGAAUGUCACGGUGGAAAAUGUACUCCAGAUCUUGGAGGCAGCUGACAAGACCCAAGCCCUGGACAUGAAGAGGCACUGCCUGCACAUCAUCGUUCACCAGUUCACCAAGGUCUCCAAGUUGCCAAAUCUCCGCUCCCUGAGUCAGCCGCUCCUCCUUGACAUCAUAGAGUCGUUAGCUAAUCACAUAUCAGACAAGCAGUGCGCGGAGCUGGGCUCAGACAUAUGACGUGCAUGGGUAAUCCAAAUGUUUCCUUUAUUCCUCAAAAAAAAAACUGCUAGCGCUUUACAGCUGACUCUCUGUGUUUUUGCCAUGCGGUGCUGAGCCGCUCCGGGAGCCGCCGCGGCCGGGAGGAGCCGGAGAGCCGACGUCCCCGCCGCGGGGCUGGUACCUCUGCAGGGUGGCGCUCGCUCUCUGCUGUGCAGAUGCUAACGCUGAAACCAUGAAGAGAAGGAAUUUGUGCCACGUGGUUUGGGGGUUUAACUAAGUGCAAAAUCAAGCCCAUAAUUACUUCUGUCCAGUAAAGUAGAACAGUCGUGAGUUGUUAAUGUUUUGCAAUGAUAUUUAAAUUAUACUAUUUAAAGAACUUGAGCUGCAACAGCCAGGGGCUGUAAGUGGAUUUUAGAUGCAGCCAAGCAGGAUGUAGAGGGCAUGGGGUUAGUGGUGAAGCCGACUGAUGCACCAGAACACGGGGCCCUGUCAGAGACUCCCGUGGUGGGAUUAACAGAUAAACCCUUUUGCAGCUGCUUCCAUUGGUGGAGUAAGUCCACCAGGCCCAGACCUCUGCAGCAGGUCAAGCUAGAAGAUGGCA